AGUUGGACAUGUUCAAUAAAACUUUGAUCUGAUGUACCGGGGACGGCCAUGGUAUACAGGAAGGGUAGGCUUUGAUGAUUGGAGGCCAAUUCUUGUUCACUGUUAGAGUGAGUCCGUGAACACUUCACACCUACAGACCGAUAGCCUACCGCGUGUGAGCGCGGCAAACUCUCCAUGUCGUCUGCUUGGCUGUAUGUACUGGGGACGCUCGCCUCUCGCGAGCCCAUCAUUGAUCAAUAGACUCAGUUUGUUAUGUAUGGAGGUAACACCGAUAUGAUUUAGAGCUUUAAAAGUAGCCAAGCUGUAACAGCGGACGGGCGCUUUAGCCAUUCGGUGUCGUCUGCUGCAGGGCCGACCACUUGCUCGCCGCUCGCGGGAAUUUGAACGGGCGUUUAUCUCGCUGCUACGUCACGAGGCUUGGGAGUCCACAGUUUGUCAUGUGUUCGGCUGAAUGUCACAUCCGACUUGAGCAGUUCUUAAGUAGGUCAAAUUCCGACCACACCAUAUGAAGCGAAGCAUGUUGUGAACUGAUCGCGGAUAACGGUGGAGUUUACUUUCCGGGGAUUUUGCAAUGUCUAGUCUGUGAGUGUGACGAAAUCGGAGUGUCCAGUCAUUCAAGUUCUCGGCGACAUGGCCACGAAGUCGGAAAAGUUAGCUUUGUCUAUUUUCACAGCCGUUUUGUUGCUAGUGGGGUUCGGGCUUGAACUUUCGGGUUCUUUCGUCCCGAUGUGGACAGCCCCGAAAAAUAAAACAGAAGGCGAUGUGAGAUUUAGUCUGUGGACUCGCGUGGAGUGUUUUGAUACAAUUUGUACAACAAAACAACUGAGAAUAAAAUGGGAGACUACGGAGUGUGUGGAAGAAAAUGGACAGGAAAACUGCAAGAAAACCUCUGGAUACAAAACCAAGCCCAAGACAGAGUGUCGGAAGGCAGACUAUUGUAACAGUACUUGGCAUCACGAAGAAGAUUUCGACAGGGUGCCUUCUUUACUCAUGGUCUCCAAAUGUUUCGUGACUCCAGGAUUUGUGACGGGGUUUAUCGCCCUCAUUUUAUACAUCAUCAAAAUCAUCAUUAUGAUGCGGUCACAGGUCAAAACGUUACAUCUCAAGGCCGCGUACUUGACCUUCGCAGCUGUUGGAGGAGCUGCCGCCGGAGUGGGAGUGAUAAUAUUCUGUGCCAUGCUUGAUAAGGAGGUGUACAAGCUGGAGUGGGGCCCCGCGCUGCCGGGAGUUGGCGGAAUCCUGCAGCUGGGCGUGGCGUUCGGAGGAUACCUCAGCUGGAGAGAUAAAUAUGGCGACGAUUUUGAUGACAUAAGCCUGUCAUCCGAUCGCCCUACUGACAAACCUACCAAACGGAAAAGGGAUUACAUUGAUUGGGAGACGUCCAACAAUUCCGAAAUAUACCCCGCGUCUACCCCGUUACCCGUGACGUCAAACGUAUGACGUCAGGGAUCACGUGACGUGUAAUACGUCAUUACAUAUGUGAUAAUUCACUGGACUACAGAGGUCGUAGCUGGAAAGAGGAUACGAUGGAGUGUAUCUGAUAUUGGUGCUGAAGAUGAGCCCCGCAUCAAAUGCAUUAACGGGACUAUAUUUAGACGCCAAAAAUGUGAAUUACGGACGUAUUCUUCCGUUAAUAACCGGAAGUUGGAUUUAUGUGUAUAUUGCUGCCAAUUCAAAAGCGAGGAUGACAGUACAAUCAAAGGGACCAAAGACGUCACAAGAUCAGGAACUGGCAAUUCUGCGACCUCUACCAAUCGGUGCCUCCCGUAACCCGGGCAAAUACAACAGCUCAUCCAUAGUUUCUAGUGGCCUGCGAUCGCAUGCGAUCCCGAAUUUUGACUAGAACGGUGCACCAUACAUGUCUUCCACUGCCCCAAACGUACGAGUGCGUGCGUGCAAUGUCUUCCUGCUUAAGAAGACAUUGACAGGAAAUUGGUGGCAAGGUUGAACUCUGACGUACGCAGAGAUCAGAUGGUGGAUAUUUUUCAAGAAUAUGUGUACAUUGAUAUAUCUGGUGUUUGACAAGAACGUGGAUUUUGUAUCUGUUAAAGCUAAUUGGAUGUUUUUGGUUCACAUUUUGCCUUAUAUGGAAGCAGUUUUUUGUCGUAGCCUUGUAAGAGAAGUCUACCGUCCCGUGUCCAUCCGGGUCCCCUGACUCCUGGCCCAGAGUACCCGGACGCCCUGUGUCUGUUUGAGAUGCUGCUAGUCGGCCAACUUGUAAUAGCUUUAGACCAAACUUUAUAUUGAUAUGUCUCCGCUUAGUCUGGCAGUAAUCAUCUUGGUUAAUAACCUUUUGGAGUACACAUCCUGGCUUAUCCAGGCUUAUACUUAUUGCGGGAAUGAAACUGGAGGAAUGCGUUAUAAGGAAGAUCACCAACAGAAUAAGUUUCCAGUAUUCGACACUGAUACAGCAAUUGUUAUCAAGCCUACAGUAAAAACGGCAAGGGCAGUUAAAGCGAUGUAUCAAAUACCUUUAACAGUUUUUUCCUCAAUCUCUGGUUCUUAAAAACAGAUAAUUCAUCCCUUAAUUUUUUUAAUUAUCCAAUUUAUUUUCCAAUUUAAGUCUUAAAUUGCCGCGUGAGCUGGAAGGGCAGUGUUUUGUGUCAGAAGUGUGUGAGAGAGUACCAUGAUUCGAAAGCAAUUCACGUUUCAACUGUCAACCCCUCUGCUAUUAGGAGAGUAAUCGAAGAAAAUCGACAUUCUCCUUGCUGAGCAAAAGUAAAUAUUCUUGCUGCGUUUUGACUAUCUUGACGUUAAGCUUCUGUUAACAACUAAAUCUCUGCACAAAUACAAUACAGCUCAUGAGGGAGAAUCGCAGUCUGAUCAGAUCGAAGAAAAGACAUUUGGAUCGGUAUCCUCUGUCAAUACAUACCAAAAGGUCAUUCGAGUCUUAUGAGUUGAAUAAUUUGUAAAACGAACACGGCAGCCUAAACUCCAAACAGUGAUACAUCGCUGUCUGUCCUAUCUUUCAUGUGUAUACUAUACGUAGCACGUGCUGAACUGGAGCUUGAACAAAACCUACAAAGGUCAAGGCUGCAAGGCAGAUAACUCUGAAGUCAACAGAAUGGAUACCACUGUCUGUUAAUAUCGAUACGUGUAAUCCCAGGUUACCUAGUCAUUAACAAUUCAUUGUUGAUUUAUGUAUCUGCCACCCAGCUAUUCUUGCCAUUGAGUUAACUGCUGAACCGUAGGUAACACCGUGUCAGACAAAGCUCAGGCAUAUGGUUGCAAGUUUGGUAGAAGUCACGUGAUAGAAAGAACCCCAUUAUAACACCGAAAUUAUACGUAGAUCUAGUCCUCGUUUUUACGUUUUCAUUAGUACUGGUCACCUGAUAUAUCAACUCAUUUAUACAAUUUUUUGGUCCUCGAUAUGUCUCAUUUUCAGUGUAUACAAUUAUACACCAUCAUUUGUUAACAAUCAUUUUUAUCACAGUCAUCAUUAAUAUACCAGUUUCUCCAAGUAUAAAUAAAGUCUUUUGUUUCUCACAUUUACAAAAGGGGUCAAUCUCCCCAUAAAUAUGUUCCCACAGAGGUACAAUGUGAGAAGUCGUUUCUCAAACACUCUCUGCAACUGUGGCUACACCUCCAGGCGAUAUAUUUGAAAGUCUUGCUAUCAGGUCUAUCUUAUGGCAAAUCUUGUCUCUCCGUACUUAACUAACAUCGUAUUUCAAACCAUGAAAGCGAGAAACAAAAGAUUUUGAUUAUGAUACACUAAAAAGAUCAACCUACUCCUACGUAGUCUGUACGUGCCGUCAGUGACGAACUUUACCAUUUGUAAUAUCAUACUAUCGUGUAAGUCACUGAACGUUCAUUUAGCCAUUACCAAGUAAUGAAUUCUGGCAUUAUUCUCAUAAUCUUCAUAUUACCGACUGUUUUCAGUAUUUCCAGACUCGACAGACUUUAGAAAGGCGACACCACGCAGUCAGUAUACCAAUGUUACCCUUGUGUAAUCUUAUAUAUUGUUAUGUCGUUAUUGAUUUCAGAUUUACGUUGUUAUGACAAUCACAGUGAAAUCAUUUCUGUACCGACGUACUGUACGAAUCUCCAAGGGUUGCCUGUUAUCAUUCCCAUGCCAUUUGUUUCCGCUGUUCAUGGUAAUAAGUCUCCAGCACGCGAUACCAUCAAUGAUACGACGAGAAGAAUAUAAUCCGUUUUGAUUGCAUCCCUGGCAGACUAAAAGAUGCAGAUUGCGUCAAAGCGCCUGCUUAAAUUUCAUGGCGUUGAGUUUUGAAAACAAUCGUUCCGGGUAUUACGACAAACACUGUCAGAGUUCGCGGAGUAGAGCGUCACGAAGUUCCGAUUGAUUGUGGUCUCACGAAAACGACCGAGCCUGCUGGUUACAAACGGGAGCGAGAGUUUAACAAUUCCAUGUUAAUUAUUCAAUAGUGAUUCGAUAUAACGGGACGUUCAUACGUUCUGUUAUUACUAGUGGAUUAACCCUUUCGUUUAAGACACCUCAAUUAGCUCUACAGAGUAACGUCCCUUUGGGUAAGCCGGAUACCUACUGAUAGGUGUCCCGAUUGUGUUUCUAGGUUUUUCGGUACGAUACUCGACUUCGUGGUAUUCAUAUACCCGAGCUUGUGGAAUUCAUCAACGAGAUAAAUCUGAGACUUGACCCACCAAGGAUUAUACUCCUAGAUCAAGCUGGCACGCCUAGUUAGGAGUGGAAUGCUGGUCAAACCGAUGUAAAACCCAAAUAUGGUCUCUCAGCCAAUCUGUUCUUGAUUAUAAAGGAAGUCAGUAUAUUUGAAAAAUACCCCAGUUUGACAAUCGAUGAAUGGCCAUGUAUGGUUACUUUUCACCACGCAUAUACUCAUUCAAUAACAACAAUUACAAUGAUAUCAUUUGCUAUAGCUGGAAAGGUCCAUUCCGAGUUAUCCCUUUUGUUAGCGAUUAAACCCGUCAGACUUUAUAAAGAAUAAUAUAAUAUUGUAUGUGUAUGUUAAGAAAGGGGUAAGAAAGACGUCUUAUUAAUUAAUUGUUAUAUUUGAGUUUGUAUAUAGGAAAUAUGAGCCUGUAAUCAUAUCCGCCAAUACGAACACGUACAUGAGCAUACAAAGGCACAUGUUUAACGCCUUUUUCAAAUAUUUUACGUGCGCUUCAGUAUAAUCAUGGUCACGACUUGGCCUUACUAACCGCUCUAUAGACAUUGAUUAGCAUACGGUGAUGUCAAUAAAACGCUCAUGGAGUGUAGGAGCUGUAUACUUAGAGUGGAUGCUAACAAUAUUUAGCUGUAUGACAUUUCAUAUAGGAAUUGAGGUAAUAUAGGAAUCUGAUUGGCUGAAAUAUCACCCGAGAAGAUGUUUAUUGUGGUUCUGUACAAACUUGACACUCGGGGGAAAAUAAGUAUGAUGGGAACCUACUAGUAUUUGGAAAGCAAAACCUUUAUUGUUUUCGUAAUAUAGCCUUCCUGCGCUCCUUUGUCGUUUUUGACAUCCCGAUAUUAACUUUCCUAGCCGAACUUUAUGAAGUACUUGUGAGAUUACACAUUCCAUAUAUGAACUUUUCAUUUGUUGCCUGUAUGCAUAUUUCAAUAUUCAUUAAUUCUUGUUUGUAGCUUUGAUGCUUAAAAAUCGUUCUUCAUGACCGCCUUUUUAUUUGAAUAAGAUGUAAGCGACAUGCCGACGAUACUGCGCAUGUCUUUGGGUUUGUCAAAAAUGGAAUGUGAGAUAUCUGAAACGAAACCUAUGCAUCCAUGCUGCUGAUGCGAGCGGCAUCUCAGGUGAUGAGAUAGUUAUAAAGAAUUCAGGCAACCUUUACAACCACCUUGCAGGUGUUAAACACCACCCAAGACUAACUUGGAAAUAGUUAGUUUCCGUUAAAUUAGGACGCAGUUUAGUUUAACAACGAUCAUUUAGAUUUUGCUAAGUAAAAAGAGAAAACUCAAACAAUUAUUCUCAUAAGUAAUAUAUCCUAACCCUCUAACGUUAUUUCUGUGAUCAAAGCUAGGUUUAUUUAUAGAGGUCAAUGAUAUAAUCAAAGACAUUGUAUAAGAAUGUGUUAAUAUCACGCCUGCAUUGUCGUCAUUGUCAUUAUCAUCAUGAAUACAAUGACGUCGUCAUCAUUAUCAUCAUGAAUACAAUGACGUCAUCCUCAUGAUGUUGUACAAUACCAAAUGAUUUUUUUGUUUACAUAGCAUUGUUUUGUUACAAAUUGUUUACAUCUCCAAGGGACCAAAUGUCCGUUGUUUAUUUGUAAAUAUUGGUUGUUAUAAACUGUAUAAACAACAGGACUGGGUAUUUUGAUAAUCAAUUUUCUUUAUUAUGAAUUAAAUGAAAUAUAAUACCAGCGCUUUGUGUAUACACUGGACAAAGAGAAAUGUCAAGACAGUGAAUAGGACACUUUGAGGAUUGCAUUCACUCACUCACUCACUCACCCAUCUAUAUUACGGGUGGGCGAAUGUUUGUCAUUUUGGGGAUAUUCCCUUUGAAUACACGUGUCAUUUUUAUGGAUCGAUCCUUUUAUUUGGGAGGGGGGAGGGAUGAUUAGGGUGUCAAGACAAUCGAACUGUCGGUGUUUCUCUUGUUUUACUUAACAGGCGUCCUUGUUUUCAAAUUUUCAUUUUUUGUUUUCAUAAUAACCGAUUGCCUAUAUUUCUAUGGGAAUCCGAGCUCAAUAAUGUUUGAAAAUGCCUAAACCGAGUAUAAAAUGGUCGAUCCUUAGGUGUGAUCCUUAGGUGUGUUUUGACUUCUGCGGAAAUCAGUUGCUCCACAGACAGUGAAAACGAAAAUUGUGAUUCACAAAUAUGUAAAAAAGAACCACCCUCCUAACAGUUAUAAUCGAAAGGACAAAUACAUCUUAAGUAACAGAAAGUAACAAUUUACAAAAUAGCCAUACGUUGAUGACAUCUGUAGUUACAGAACCAAUGAUAAAUAAAUGAGACAUGCUUGUCCAGGGUGACACCUUUCUCAGACUAACCCCUGAGACGAAUAAUGAAACGGACCGCAUGUCAGUCCCUUUGUCACAGUGUAUGGUAUCGCGAUGUACGUUACGAGAUUUUGUUUCGCCGAUCGUAAGCGUCAUUAAGAGAAUGUUACGGUAUUUUUAUCUGAUUUUUGUACAUUAUUUUUUCUGUUCCUGUAACUAAUUUCCAGACUGCGCAAAUAAAGCUGUAUGACCUAUUGA